GGAAGCCUCCUAAUCUCUCCUUCCUAGUAUUGAAAAACCAAAAUGGACCAUCUCAAACUUUCUAUCCUCCUAAUAACCAUUGCAAUUGUACCCCUCUGCAAUUGCCUAAGCCAUCUUCAACCAUGUUUCCAUGAAAACUGCAUGAAUUCCUCUGCAACAACUUAUCAAAAUCCUUCAUUUAUAGACCACAUACUCAAGCUGGCCAAUGAACCCAAUACAGUGAAUUGGGUGAAGAACAUAAGGAGAGAGAUUCACAAGAACCCAGAACUUGCUUAUGAAGAGUUUGCCACGAGCGCGCUCGUUAGGCGUGAGCUGGACCAGCUCGGUGUCAAGUACCGGUGGCCGGUGGCUCAAACCGGGGUUGUAGCCACCAUUGGGUCUGGUUCUAAACCCUUUGUUGCUUUGAGAGCAGAUAUGGAUGCUUUGCCCAUUCAGGAAAUGGUAGAGUGGGAGCACAAGAGCGAAAUAGCUGGAAAAAUGCACGCCUGCGGACAUGAUGCUCAUGUCGCCAUGCUCCUCGGUGCUGCAAAAGUACUGCAAGAACUUCGAGACCAAUUACAGGGCACUGUGGUUCUCAUAUUUCAACCGGCUGAGGAACGAGGUCAAGGUGCGAAAGACAUGAUCCAGGAAGGUGUACUUGACAAUGUAGAAGCCAUCCUUGGGUUGCAUGUAGGAGAUAGGUAUCCUGCUGGUACCGUGGCAGCGCGACCUGGAGAGUUUCUAGCUGGUUGUGGUAGUUUUAAAGCCACAAUCACAGGGAGAGGAGGUCACGCAGCGAGUCCAGAGACCUCGAUUGAUCCCAUUUUGGCGGUUUCAACAUCGGUAAUCAGUUUGCAGAGUAUUGUUUCUAGGGAGACUGACCCGCUAGACUCUCAGGUGGUUUCUGUGGCGAUGAUCCAUGGGGGUAAUGCAUUUAAUGUCAUUCCAGACUCGGCCUCAAUAGCUGGUACUUUUCGAGCAUUUAGCAAGAAAAGCUUCUAUGCACUUGGAGAAAGAAUAGAAGAGGUUAUAAAAGCGCAAGCGGUUGUACAUCGGUGCUCAGCUGAGAUUGACUUCUCUGGAGAUGAACAUCCCACAAUUCCUCCAACUGUAAAUGAUGAAAGAAUAUAUGAACACGUGCAACGUGUCUCAAGUAUGAUUGUAGGUGAAGAAGGUGUAAGACUAUCUCCUUGCUCCAUGGGAAGUGAAGAUUUUGCGUUUUACCAAGAAAAGGUUCCUGGAUCAUUCCUUUCGAUUGGCACAAGAAAUGAGAAAACUGGAGCGGUAUAUCCUGCGCAUAGUCCUUACUUUUCCAUCGAUGAGGAUGUGCUGCCUACUGGGGCAGCAAUACAUGCUUCAUUUGCUUAUUCAUACCUCUUGAAUUUGACAAGAAAGCCAAGUACUCACUCUAGUUAGAGAUUCGUAUUAGCUUAUCAGUAUCUUCCUUGGAUUGUUCUUCUGUAAUUUUCCAUCUCGAAAUCAUUUUUUUUCUAGCAAAAAUUUGAUCUUUAAGCUUGGUAAUCUCGAAAUCAACAUAUACAAGUAUAUGAAACAAAAUUGUUUUGUACACACUUGUACACUGCAGUAUAAAUUUAUUUAUUUUUUAAUGUUGUCAA